AUGAAUGGGGAAGCUUCCAACUCGAAGAAGGAUCCGGUUUUUUGUGAGAUUUGCGCUGAGGACAAGUCUGCAAACGACUUGUUUGGGUUUCAAAAAUGCAGCCAUUCUUACUGUAGGGACUGCAUAAAGAAUUAUGUGGUUUCCAAGCUUCAGGAGAACGUUACAAGCAUUAGCUGUCCUGUUCCUGAUUGCAAAGGAUCGCUAGAGCCGGAGCACUGCCAGUCAAUUCUCCCUUCAGAAGUCUUCGAUAGGUGGUUAAGUGCUUUGUGUGAAGCCUUGGUUCUUGAGUCUGAAAAGUUUUACUGUCCCUUUAAGGAUUGCUCAGCUCUGUUAAUUGAUGAUGGGGAAGAGAUUGUACGAGAAUCGGAGUGCCCACAUUGUAAAAGAGUGUUCUGUGCCCAGUGUAAGGUCUCUUGGCAUGCCGGGAUAGACUGCGCAGAGUAUCAGAACUUGAAUGAAAAUGAGAAGGAAAAUGAAGAUAAUUUAUUGAGGAACCUUGCUCACGAGAAAAAGUGGAGGAGGUGUACAAAUUGCAAGUACUAUGUUGAAAAAUCUGAUGGUUGCUCUUACAUGAAAUGCAGAUGUGGAUAUGCCUUCUGUUACAACUGUGGUGUAACAGCUCCCCUAGAUUCUCAUACCGCUACUUGUCCAAGCUGUAACCAGUAA